AGCAACUCGUCGGACCAUGACCUUUACAGCCAGCCAGGCCCUUGCGCUCGAGCGGCCUCUUGUCGGACACGCUGCGCCGUGGAACGACCCCGCGAUUGCCUUGACGAGUUUGCACUUGAGUUUGCCGUUGAGCGACGCGCCGUUUGCGACCAUUGGCUGCACCGCGUGCAACCGGUCGCUCUCGCAGUGCUUGGACGACGCGUACGGCCACCUGCACAUUCCAUGCCCACUCGACGCUGCCUGCGCCGGAACCUACCGCUUUCACACAACUCGCCCUAUCGCGUCGCUACGUCUGGUGCAGUGUCUCUAUGACGAAGCGUCGGGCAGUGUUGCGCGCGUCGACCGCGCGCUCCACGGUCCGUUCCAGCCGGGCGUCGAGUACACGUGGCGCGUUGCUUUGGCGUCGCUUUCGACCGUCGUGACCGUGUCGCGUUCUUGUGACGUGUUUAUCUUUGAAGGCGAUGUGCCGCUACUGCACCACCGCGUGACGCUAACGGCGUCGGCGUCCGUGCCGCAGGACCUGCUAGCAGGUAGCAAAUUUGAAACUUCGUUCGAAUCGAAGUGAACUUCGGAAAAUACUCCCAUCGACUACACUUGUGUUCAGUAUGAAAAUCCAGGAAACGGC